UUGCGAGAAAGGGAACACUGUUCACUAAUAAAAUAUAAAUGUCCAAUAAAUUCGAUGUAUUUCAUCCUCUGUUGCUCUACAGUUCUUGUUCAAUAAAUUUUGUCUUGUCGAAUGCUUCGAUAUUGUUGCCAAAGGUCAAAUAUGGGCUAUAUUUUACUCUGGGGAUAAUAUGUUCUUAUCAGUCUUUAACUGACAAGACAUUUCAUUUGAAUGUUUCACUGACUGAAUAAGGUCUGAAUAUAAAUAUACUACAAUGUUCUGCUAAUGCGCUCUUUUUUACAAUCUACUAGUCCAGGAGUUGGCAACAGGUUGAAUUAAUUAGGGCUAGAACUUUGACAAAGAGUCCCUUGCAAUGUAGGAAUUAAAGGAUGGUGAGUCUUGCAACGCUCCGGAGAUAGCUUGAGCGCUGUUAGAAUUUAUAGGAAUGAAAAAAAAAUUUUAAAUCAGAUUAGUAUCGGUCUGACUUUAUGGAACAUCAAAGCUGAGUUAGGAAGAGAUCCAUGAAAAAUACUAUCAGUUGGAACAUUAUCAACUUUGAUAGUUAAAAAUUCCAGGACUGAUGGUUUUGUUGUGAUUUGAAUUUUUUUUUCUCAAUCUAAAAAAUUCCAGGGUGCUUAAGCAACCCCCAGUGAUUUUGCAGACUUUUUUUCAAUUUCUUUUUGCUACUUUUGAAAAGAAGCGCGACCGUUCGUCGAAUAUCGACAGUAUCGACUUCGCAUCGGUCGUUCCGUUCACUGAAAUGGGUCGUUCUCACAAUUCAAAUUUCAAUUGCGUCAAACAAACGUCAACUGUGCGUGGAGUGCCUUUAAAACAUAAACCAUUCGGUGUCAGCUACUAUGUUCGGGAUGAUGGAUGCGGAAUCUCUGUCACGGAUGCACCUAAUAUGGCUGCACCUCAUUCCACGUCGAAAAUGUCGCGUUUUACAGAUUUGGAAUCAUUAGUCACUUAUGGAUUCCGUGGGGAAGCUUUGAAUGCUAUAUGCAGAGUUGCAGAAGUCACAGUGACCACAAAAACAGUCCAAGAUGAAACAGCCAAGGUAUACACGCUCAAUCAUGAUGGAACUAUAGUCGACUCAGAAAUGUCUCAUCGAUUUGUUGGUACAACAAUACGUGUGAGGGAAUUGUUUAAAAAUAUUCCAGUCAGGAGACAAAUGAUCACCAAUUUGAGAAAAUCAAAGCAGGAAGUUAAACUUGUAGAAAGUCUUUUGAAAAGUCUCAGUAUUUGUCAACCGAUUGUCAGAAUCAGUUAUAGAGUAAAUAACAACUUAGUUUUCCUGAAACCAAGCUGUACUAAUAUAAAAGAGACGCUCAACCACUUUGUAGGCGGUAAGGUAGCCGCCAAUUUGGAAUGGAUUCAAGCUGAAGACUCCGAGGCAAUAUUACAGUUGAUGAUACCAAAAAAAGAUUUAGCAGAUUUCAAUGUUGUUUGUGAAUCUGGUGAACAACACAUUAUAGUGAACAAUAGACCUGUUAAAUAUAAGCAAUUUGAAAAGCUUCUCAUUGACAGGGUAACAAAUCGUUUUGGGAAUAAAGUACUAGCCAGAAAGCGACCAGUUUAUUUGAUAAGUAUUAAGGUUCCACCAAGCGAUAUAGAUGUCAAUUUAGAGCCAAAUAAAACAUCAGUGCUGCUAAAAAACCAGGACACAGUACUGAAAAAACUGAACGAUAUUUUGACGGAAUAUUAUAAUCUGGACAAGGAAACUGUUAGAGCUGAAAUGUCCAUGUUAAAUACAUCUAUCGACAGUACUCCGGAAUACCAUGAUAUUACACAGAAUAUUGUCAGUGAACCAGAAAUACUUGCAUGCAAAAUAAUUAAGCUGAACGAUAACAGACAAAUGCCUCGCGAGUUCGGUACAGACGCCAAUACAGAUUCUGGUAAGAAACGAAAGGAGGUUUCUAGGAAAUCAUUUGGAAAUGACCUUGAAAAUAGGGCAAUGCAUCCGCCUGAAAAGAAUAGAGAAAGCAGGGAUGAAUUUGACAAAAUUAGAGAAGUACGAACUGAUAAUUCGAAUAGAGACAGUCUAAACACAAUGUUGAGUGCUUUUUCUGGGCCAGUUUUGAGUGAUUCUGAUGAUGAGUUGUCUGACAAUCCAAAGAUUGCUACAAACUCAAAAGAAAUGUCAUUGUUAGUCGGUCAUGCUGUUAGGGAAGAGUAUGUGCAGUCAGGGCAGUUGACCGCAAGAAAUGACUCAGAAUCGUUUAUAUCAUCGUUAUCAGUACAAAAUCCAGUAGCAAUUUCUGAAAAACAAGACAACAUUUUGCCAAAGAGUACUCCUUUGAGUCAAUUGCCAGUAGUAGAUCUUGGUGAAGACUUUGAUAUUGUUGCAAUUUUGGAACGCUCGUCAACUAAAGUGAUUAAAAACGAAGACAUUACUCGCCCUUUGGAAAACUCUAAUAAUGAUAAUCCGUCAAAAUCUGAUUCUGAAAAGAAAGAUGAUGAGAAGUCCUAUUCUGCGUCACAACUCUGGAGCAGAGGACAAAUUCCAGGGCUAAAGGGCUCCACCGAUGUGUCUGUUUACAAUCCAAAAACAAGUACCAAGCCAAGCAAAGACGAUGAGGACAAGGGUAAACAAAAUUCUCCUAACACCUAUCACACCGGAUUUUCUAAAUUUUCUUAUGAAAUCAGAGCUCAAGUGUUGGAAGAAAAUCCAGGGAUAACGUUGCCAAAAGUCGGUCAAAUUCUGGCAUCUCGUUGGAAAGAACUGUCACCUGAAGAACGUGGUUACUACAGAGACUUGGCGUUACAGGAGAAAAAAAAAUUAGAUGCAGAGAAUAAAAAGUCAAGACAUAAACAAUUAUCCCAACAAGAGGUAGAUAAGAAUAAAGCAAGACUGAUACACAUGCUCGAGUCUAUGAAGUCGAAGUCCAAUAAAAAGUGUCCUUUGAAUGAAAGAACCACAGUUCCUUGGGAAAUAAACGUUCAAAGCAUUACAAAAAGUUUUUUCUCAAAAUCCAUAUUGGAAGAGGAGAAAAUUAUUGGACCAUUAACUGAUAAGAUUUGGACAUUAAAAUCAUAUGGGAAAAUUUACGUCGUAAAUAGCGGAGAGAUCCUUAAGGGAUUGGAUUCUUCCGAAUCCGGAGUACAGGAAACGAAUACCGAAAGGAUCAUGUGUAUCUUGCAGUCCUGGCUAGCAAAAGAAAAGACUAACUCUGCAAUUAUGCAUCAGAUACACACCAUUGGCACAACGGUGGAGUAACAUCCGAAAAAAAUUUCGAGAUCAUCAAUUUGUUACGAUUUCCAUUCUAUAUUUUUAUAAUCGUAUGUACAUAUAAGUGUGAAAUUCUUCAUCGUUAUCCAAUAAUAUAUCGGAAUCAGGAUCCCUACUUGCCAAAUACGUUUCGGAAAUUCAGAUUUCGAUUACAGCGCAACGCCCUCCCUAUGAGUACUACCAUCUAGCAAAGGUGAAUUGCCCAACUUUCAUGUACCUAGCCGUAAAAUUUUUUGAGCAACAUUUCCAUAUCGUAAAAAGCUCCGUAAUAACGUCAUUGACAAUUAUUUGCGAAUAAACAACUAAAUAAUUGCCGCAUCGACAAAAUGAGCAACUCCGAUAAAACUCACGACUCCAAGGAAGUGUUGAUGACACGAUUAUGCUAUAUUCACUGGCAGAUAACACAGUUACCCAUCGAUGCAAUCCGCGAAAAAAAGGAUGUUUAAAAAAUUCAAACAAAAAAAAUUAAGAGACGUAAUCAAUGAAUCGUUAUAGAAUCACCUGCGUAAUUGGUUCGUCCGUUGCUUACGUGGAUAUGGAAAUAAGAAAUGAAAUAAAAUAGAAACACAAAGUCGGCUUCGUGAAGCAGAGUCGUAGGUCGUAAAGCGAAGCUAGUAAUAGUGAUUAACGAAGCUUAUUGGACCUUGGUCAAUCUGGAUACAGCUACAGAGCAGGGGAAGUAGUUGGUAGACUCAAAGUUGUGAAGCGUUCAGACGUUGCUUAUGACAUAUGUUGAAUAAGGAACGUUUAUUAACGUGCACGUAUAUUAUUAUGAGAAUAUACAUGUACAAAUGUACAACGCGAGCAAUAAAUCAUAGGUGUAUUAAUGCGUAAACGAUUUUUACGUAUAUAGAUAUAGGUAUGAGUAUACGUAUAAGACGUGUAGCAUUGGUGUAGCUACAGAAAUAAGCAUGUGUGUAUGGUAUAAUGUCCAUCCUAUAGAUAACCCUGGGGUUGACCUUUCGAUAAAAUGCAUACAAAACUAUAUUUCGCUCACGUAUAUGUGCGCGUGAUCAUUCGGUGAUAAAUGAUCGAUCCAAAUUCGUCAAGAAAUGUAGAAAUAAGAAUGACACUUAUAUUUUUUUACAACGCGUAUCGUACAGUCGGAGGGUGGCUAUUCGGUCUUAUCAAUGAAAAUCAGGAGGCGAACUCAUAACGCUAAGUAGCGGUAGAAAUAAAAAUUAAAAUACUAACGGCAAACGUCGGUUUUACUCGUUACUGGAUAGAUAGAGUAACUUGUGGUUUCAAAUAAUUAUCGCGGUGAGAUAAGAGCUCGAUUUCGUGAUUUCCAGAAUGAUUUUUUUUACAUAUAUGAAUAGAGAUAUUACUGAUAAUCGUGUUGAAAUUAUGGCAGAUUUUCUUUUGGAAAUCAUCGGAAGAUAAUUGACUGCGCGCGUCUCGAUCCUAAUCGUAUUCGACGCUGCCGAGAGAACUGUGUUCCUUGAGAUAACUUCUUACGUUGCGGUUUGGUAGAAUGACCGAAAGGCUAUACUUAUACCCUGGCACAUGGAUGGGUACAGUAAUGCAGUGACGGGAUGGAAUUGAAGCGUCGAAUAGAGCGCCGGAUUCUUUGACUGAGUUACAGAGAGGGGCAUAGAGGCAAAAGGCUUCAAAAAACAUCAAGUCGCCGUUACGGUCCUGCGAUACGAUUGGUCAAAGGUCUUCGAAGCAGUUCCAGCGACACGACGCUGGUUUUGUCUCUCCCAGUCAACGGUGCAAUUGUGUCGUGUCUCGAUGUACAUUUUCUUCUAACACGCUGUGAGUUUGAAACGCAAUAAUUACUGGAUUAGGAGAGCCACCAGGAUCGCAAUCCCAUUCCAAAUGGAAGAAAAAUACGCAACGGUCUUACGAAACGAUUAUUAAUAUACACGACCUUAUCUAUGUUAAUCGGAAAUUCUUGGUGACCGGGGUUUAUUAUAUCACAUUAUUUACCGGUAUUCGCUGUAUUGCCGACAAGUUUUCUCAAGGAUAUCAAUUCUCUGAUAUAAAUCGGACAGUUUAGAAAAUACCUGUGAAACUUUAAGACUGAAAAUGAGUGCGGAUACUGAAAAACAUCAAUCGUCAACGGUAAG